AUGUACUUUUGGGCUGAAGUCGAUGGUUUGGUUUCACCACUAAUUGAUGGCGGUUUUGAAUGUUUUCUCCUUCAGAUAUCGCGGUCGGCAACAGCUAAUGGAUGUCGAUUCUUCAAAUUAAACUUAUGGAUGUCUGGAGUUAUUUUUAAGGUAAUUCCAUGUAUGUUGUUGCUAUAUUUUUCACUCGGUCUCAUGCUUAAAAUACACCGAACAACCAUGAAGCGCAAAAUGCUAUUGAGGAAAAGCAGCUCAACAUGCUCAAAAAGACAAGGAAAUAAUCCGGAUCGUACGUCUGCCCUUCUACUCGCUAUUGUAUUAGUAUUUCUGAUUGCCGAGCUGCCACAAGGAAUUAUUGCAAUCCUGAAUGCCGUUUACACUACUCAUGUGCAUAUUUAUAUUUAUUUCAACCUUGGCGACAUUCUCGACCUGCUUUCAUUGCUCAAUUCAUCCAUCACUUUCAUCCUCUAUUGUAUCAUGUCUUCUAGGUACAGAGACACCUUCUGGACGGUGGUGCUACCGAAGCAGUUCCGAAGGUUUGCAUACCAGUCUUUUCUUCAUUUUUUUUUUGUCUGA